GGAAAUACUGUGCAGAUUAUUAGUGAAACCUUCGUCAACUGAGGCUGUUUAUGACAAAGAACGAAAAUAUGAGUUCCGAAGCAGCUGUACCACCGCCUGCCGUUUGGGCCCAGAGGAGUGAUGUCGUUUUCCUCACAUUAAAUGUCGAAUGUACUGAUCCGGAGUUCAAAUUCACUGAUACUACUAUGUCAUUUUCGGGAGUUGGCAAACCGGAAGGACGAAAAUAUGCAUUAAAUUUCGAGUUCUACGAUAAAAUAAAUCCAGAAACAGUUAGUGCGAAAAACAUAAAGCGCUGCAUCGAGUUUGUAAUUGCCAAAGCGGAGCCCGACGAAACGUACUGGCCUCGAUUGCUGAAGGAAAAGACCAAGGCGCAUUGGUUAAAGGUAGAUUUUAACAAAUGGGAAGACGAGGAUCCCCAGGGCGAUGCACCUAUGCGAAGUGAGCCAACAAUGGACCUAACGGAAAUGCUGAGGAGAAAUACGGAUACUUUAGACAAAAUGAAAAGCAAUAAACUAUCCCUCAACGAUUCGGACGAUGAGUCGGAAAAGGAGGAUUCAGAUAAUGAGGAUGUUCCAGGUUUGAUUGACUAAAGCAGCCGUAGUAGCAACAGCCUGCUGUGCGUUGUCAACGGGUUUCACGCGACAGUCCGCGUGCCGUUUAGGGUUUUAAGCAUUUGUUUAAGCUCACCAUCGUCAUCAGUUAGUACGUGUCCGUGGGUAGUAUUAUAUUCUGCCCCGGACAAAGACAGUGAAGAAGGACGAAGAUAAGGAUCAAAAUGGAGCUCGUCUGCGCAGGGUUUGCUAACAAAAAUGAGAGAAAAGCUGGAAAGCAAAAUAAGGGAGGAACACACGGUAACGGAAAGAACAGUGUCCAUACAAUAAUACUAGA